AUCUGCCCCGCCAACAGUCGAAAGUCAGUUGAGCCGCCGCAGCCCAGCGAAGGUGGUUGUGAGUAACGGCAUUGAGUUUAGACAUCACCGGGCAGACAAACCUUCCAGUAUGAGAGAGAUCGUGCACCUCCAGGCCGGCCAGUGCGGCAACCAAAUUGGUGCUAAGUUCUGGGAAGUCAUCAGCGAUGAACAUGGCAUUGAUCCCACUGGAGCCUACCAUGGGGACAGUGAUCUUCAGUUGGAAAGGAUUAAUGUUUAUUACAAUGAGGCUACAGGUGGUAAAUAUGUGCCUCGUGCAAUUCUCAUGGAUCUGGAGCCUGGUACAAUGGACUCUGUUCGAUCUGGACCCUUUGGACAGAUUUUCAGACCUGAUAACUUUGUUUUUGGGCAAAGUGGUGCCGGUAACAAUUGGGCCAAAGGACAUUACACUGAUGGCGCUGAACUAAUCGACUCUGUUCUGGAUGUGGUGAGGAAAGAGGCAGAGGGCUGUGAUUGCCUCCAGGGCUUCCAGCUCACCCACUCACUGGGUGGUGGUACUGGCUCUGGUAUGGGCACACUUCUCAUUAGCAAGAUCCGUGAAGAAUAUCCUGACAGAAUCAUGAACACUUUUAGCGUUGUACCUUCACCAAAGGUGUCGGACACUGUAGUAGAGCCUUAUAAUGCCACACUGUCUGUCCAUCAGCUUGUAGAGAACACUGAUGAGACAUUCUGUAUUGAUAAUGAGGCCCUGUAUGACAUUUGUUUUCACACACUGAAACUGACAACUCCCACUUAUGGUGACUUGAACCAUCUAAUGUCAGCCACCAUGAGUGGUGUGACAACCUGCCUGCGUUUCCCUGGACAGCUCAACGCUGACCUGCGUAAACUGGCUGUGAAUAUGGUGCCCUUCCCCCGUCUGCACUUCUUCAUGACUGGUUUUGCUCCUCUAACCAGCCGUGGAAGCCAGCAGUACCGUGCCCUCACAGUGCCUGAGCUCACUCAACAAAUGUUUGAUGCUAAGAACAUGAUGGCUGCCUGUGACCCACGACACGGGCGCUAUCUUACUGUUGCUGCUAUUUUCCGAGGCCGUAUGUCCAUGAAAGAGGUGGAUGAGCAGAUGCUAAAUGUGCAGAACAAAAAUAGCACCUAUUUUGUGGAAUGGAUCCCCAACAAUGUCAAGACAGCUGUCUGUGACAUCCCACCCAGAGGCCUCAAGAUGUCUGCCACCUUCAUUGGCAACAGCACAGCCAUCCAGGAGCUGUUUAAACGCAUCUCUGAGCAGUUCACAGCCAUGUUCCGGAGGAAAGCUUUCCUGCAUUGGUACACUGGUGAGGGCAUGGAUGAGAUGGAGUUCACUGAGGCUGAGAGCAACAUGAAUGAUCUGGUGUCAGAGUACCAGCAAUACCAGGAUGCCACAGUUGGAGAUGAAGGUGAAUUUGAAGAGGAGGCUGAAGAAGAGGCUGCAUAGGCAGUGUUGUAUAUAAUUUAGAGCCUGUUGGGAAAAUUAAAUCCAAAUGGUGUUCAGUGUUCUCUUUAAUGGGGGCUGAAAAGUUACAAAACAAUACUUUUCCUAUAUGCAUACUUGGGCUUUUGAUCCAGUGGUAUCUUAAAUUGUUGCAUUUUGAAUAAUUUCAGGAAGGUGUUGGUGAUUUUUUACUUCCUGGAUUAGAAAUAUAGAGCUUGUAUAGUAUCACCUGUUUUUUCUUGCUGUACUUACCCGAGUCAUGUGGCUUGGAUCGUUUCUUGGACCAGUCCAAAUCUCUUCGCUCAGUCUCCUUACAAUGGUCCCUUGAGUAGGAGUGGGUCCAAGGGACAGCAUUGUUGGAAUCUCUUGCAAUAGGGAAAGUAUUUAGUUUGCUCUUUCUAACAAGAAUACUUUAAUAAAAAUUCUUAUGGACUUUACUUUGCUUUUCUCUUUGUUACAUUGAAACCUGUUUCUGAAUUUCAUGUCUUCCUGUUCUACUUUCAUAUCUUCUCUUUUGUAUUGAAUGUUGGUCUGAAAUACUUGAAUUAAAUCUGUUAUAUCUGUUAA